UCCCCUAACUCCACCUUCUCCACUGUCGACUCCACCUCAACUCUCUCUCUCUCUUUCUCCUCCUACUCCUUCCUUGCUUAGCUCACUCACCCAACCAAAACCGUUCCAUUCUCUCUCUCCUCACCCUCUCAUGCCUCUCCCUCCACCAUGUCUUUCUCCCUCCUCCCCCUCCUCCUCCUCCUGCUCUCCCUCCUCCCCCUCUCCCUCUCCCUCUCCCUCCCCAGAGGUACUCUAAUCAACUGCGGCGCCGCCGUCAAAUCCGAAAUCGACGGCCGCGAAUGGCUGCCGGAUACCGGCUUUGUAUCGGGUGGGACCUCGCGGAACUUAACGACCCCGGGCCUCGUCCCCAUCCUCUCCACCGCGCGAUCGUUCCCGAACUAUCCCCACCGCAAGUUCUGCUACACCGUCCACGUCUACCGCAAUGCAAAGUACAUGGUCCGGACCACCUACUACUACUACGGCAGCGACUCGCCGCCGGUGUUCGACCAGAUUGUGGACGGCACUUUCUGGGCCGUCGUUAACACCACCGAGGACUACGCUAACGGCAUGUCGUCAUACUACGAGGGGGUCUUUCUCGCCCAGGGCAAGACCAUGAGCGUGUGCCUCGGGUCGAACAAUUACACCGAAUCCGACCCGUUUAUAUCCGCCCUGGAGUUUGUGAUACUCGAAGACUCGCUUUACAACUCCACCGACUUUAAGUCGCACGGCCUCAGCUUGGUCGCCCGAAACGGAUUUGGGUACACCGGACCCAUCAUUCGAUACCCUGAUGACCAAUUUGAUCGUUUUUGGGUGCCAUUUGAAGAGCUCAAUCCGCUGAUUCCGAUCAAUGUGAGUAACUCAAAUGCGUCAGUUUCUGGCAUGUGGAAUCUGCCCCCUUCGAAAGUUUUUGAAAGCGAAUUGACGACAGGGCAAGCUGAGGCCAUGGAAUUGGAUUGGCCUCCUGGGUCGGUUUCUGAAUCGAAAUACUACAUAGCUCUGUACUUUGCAUCAGGGGACUCCUCGGGGUCAAGGGUGAUCAACAUUAGCAUCAAUGGUGUACAGUAUUACAAGGAUUUGGAUGUGAAGCCAGGAGGGCUUGUUGUAUAUGCGACGCAGUGGCCACUUUCUGGUUCUACUAGGAUUACUAUGACCCCUUCUGGGAGGUCAAUCGGUGGUGCUCUGAUUAAUGCUGGCGAGGUGUUUGAUGUUCUGCCCCUUGGAGGAACAACUCUUACUCGAGAUGUUAUUGCUUUGCAAGGAGUAAAACAAAGUCUUCAGAACCCUCCACCUGGCUGGAGUGGUGAUCCUUGUUUGCCCCGUCAGUACUCAUGGACGGGCAUUACAUGCUCUUCAGGCCCUCGGAUUCGUGUGGUCUCUCUAAAUUUGACUAGUAUGGGCCUUUCAGGAUCGCUAUCACCUAGAAUUGCCAAUAUGACCGCAUUGUCUAAUAUCUUGCUUGGGAAGAAUAAAUUUACAGGGCCUAUUCCCGAUCUAAGUUCAUUGAAGUUACUGGAGAAAUUGCACUUGGAAGACAAUCAUUUCAGUGGAAAUAUCCCCUCAUCGCUCGGGAGCAUUGAUAGCUUGCAUGAACUUUUCUUACAAAACAAUUGUUUGACUGGUGAAGUUCCUGAUAGCCUUGUUGGAAAAUCUGGUCUGGACCUAAGGACGUCUGGAAAUUCUUUUUCAGCGCCGCCGCCUACUUGAACAGCUAGUAUUAUGCAUUCAAAGGUAAAUAUUUUUUCCAAGAAACUUGAUCCAAACUCUCAACAUAAAGAGCUCUCCAAAAUUUGGACUGCAAAUUUUCCCAUUGCCAGCUCUUUGGAUCUGCAGUCGAAAGCUCUCGUGCCUAUGUUUCUUUAGCUUUGGUGGAGUUUGAGAUCUUCAGUGAAAUUUUACUCUACAUUUUUGUACCCGAUUGUUCAUAUAUGGUCACGUUGAUUUGUCGUGUUCUUUGUGUAAUUAGUCGAUGUUGUUAAGUCGUCCAUAUUAAUUUUUCUUAUUCGUUAAUACACAUUUUUCCUUUCAAAUCUACACAUUGUAUUGUUUGUAAAUGUUAUUUGUUGUGAAGUGAUUGGUGUUGAUCUUUUUUUA